AUGGUAUUUUAUUUUUGGGAAGGAAAGAAAGGAGAAGAAGUAGACAGUGGUCAUGAAACGGAUCCAUCCACAGGAAGCAGUGAUUCCGACUCGGCCACUGUCAAUCGAACACCACUUGGACCACAGUUUCUCACUGGAAUUGCCAGAGACUUGAAAAGGAGGCUUCCUUACUAUUUGGAUGACUGGAAAUUAUCACCGUCACUGCUUACAACAAUUGUCAAUGCAUCGCUUUCAUCCUUAUUUCGUCAAUUAGUUCCGGCCUUAAUCUUUGCCGGAUGGAUGGAACAACAAACGGGUGGCAAACUUUCAGCAGUCGAAACAUUGAUCAGCACCGGUAUUGUUGGAAUCUUUUAUGCUAUUUUUAGUGGUCAGCCAUUGGUGCUGGUGGGUCUAUCAGGUCCGGUCGCUCUGUUGUUGGGAGCUUCGCACGAUCUCGCAACCGAUUUCUUUCAAGCCGAUUUCUUUGCCUUCUUUUGGUGGAUGUGCAUUUGGACGAGUUUCUUACAUAUUCUCACUGCAUGCUUCGGGUUGGUGAAUCUAGCCAGGCUGAUUACGCCCUUCACGUCCCAAGUCUUUGAGUUCUUUGUCGCUGUUUCCUUCAUUUACAAAAGUAUUCACGAGAUGCUUCAUCCGUUUGUCUGGGCAGACUCGGGAUUCUAUGACGACCACUCCAAAGCGUAUUCAUCGCUUGUCGUUGGACUGUUGACCUUUCUCGUUUGCUGGAAACUUCACUUUGCCGAAUCAUGGAUCUAUUUCACGAGCAACAUCAGAUCUUUCCUGGCAAACUACAACAUGUUCAUUGCCGUACUGAUUGGUACCGGUGUGAGCUACAUUCCAGACUUUUCAAAAUCUACUGACAACAAAGAUAUCAUCCAACGUAUUGGUCUGAUCUCAUCCUCUCCCUUUGAUUGGACACCUUCCGUGGAUCGGAACUGGCUUGAAAUUACUCCGUUGACCGGAAUCGACACACCUGGAGUCUUCGGAGCACUGAUUCCUGGACUGAUGCUUUACAUCUUGAUCUUCUUCGAACACAACAUGUCCAGCGCGAUUGCCCAAGCGCCGAAGUUCAAACUAAGGAAACCUUCUGCCUAUCACUGGGACUUCUUUGCACUUGGACUGUCAACUAUCGCAUGUGGAUUCCUCGGUCUACCGCCAUGCUGCGGUGUUGCUCCACAAGCUCCAAUGCAUACGCGAUCAUUGUGCAAGAAAAUGGAGAAUGACAAUGGACGCGAAGACAUUGUCUGCUGCGCAGAACAGCGGUGGUCGGCCUUGCUUCAAUCUGGAUUAAUGCUUGCCUUCCUUCCCGUGUCAAAUUUCAUUUCGAAAGUACCCGUUGGGUGCCUCUUUGGCGCCCUGCUAUAUCUUGGUGUUACAGCAAUGUGUUCCAAUGGAAUCUGGACGCGCAUUACUUUGAAAUUCAUCAUGCCCUCUCGAAGACCGCAAAUCGCCAUCGUCAUCAAUGUCUCCAGUUGGGGUACCGUUCAGAGAUACACCGGUUUUCAGAUUGGGUCGAGUCUAGUUUCUUUUGGAUUGGUGUACUUUACCGAAUAUGGAUAUCUCUUUCCACUAGUCCUGGCAAUCUGUAUUCCGGUAAGAAAAUUCUUUCUGGGAUACAUUUUCAAUCAAGAAGACUUGGAAUAUCUCGAUCCAACAGAAAUGACGGAGGAAGAAAUCGUUGAAGAACACCAAGAGCUGAAACAAGCAUUCAGUCCUUCCUCGGCGGCGGGAUCGGAUGUUUUUUUUCGUAUUCAUGAGGUUCAUCACAGCAAUUUGGUAUAUGAUGCCGACUCGGUUUUUUCCAACGAUGUUUUAGAGCACGUCGAGGGUGCCAAUAAUUCGCCAAGGCGCCAAUCACCAAGACGCCCAAAAAAAUUUCUGCAAGCUGAUAUUGAAGGUGGGCUACAAUCACGAGCACAAAAUGCUAGAAGGGUUCAUAGUCUGAGCAAAGUCGCAAGGAGAGAGAACAACAACACUUCCACGACCCCAACCUUUUUAUCGUCAUGGAAUGCCUGGACCCAAAUGUUCGAUAACGAAACUACACCAGGCGCUUGGUGUGGCACUGGUGUUGUGGACGAAGUCAUAAAGCAACCGGUUCAAUCUGAAAGAGAUGAGUUAAUUUUACACAAGACCAAGAGUUCCAGAUCAGUCAAAAGUUCCAGAUCAGUUAGAACCGAAGUAUACGAUGCAGAUAAUACUGUCAGGUCCAUGAAGAGUGACCAUACACGUGCCUCCAAUCGAAGCCGAACCAUGCGAUUUGUGACGCCGAGUGCAAGUGAGCUUUUUGAUUCCGACCAGAUGAGUCUUAGAUCCAAUCAAACUGGUGACAAUAUCGCCCACCAGAGGUCCAAGCCAAGAGUACGAGAACCAUCCAGUAUUUUGAGUGGAAACGAGCGCCUCGACAAGCCCAUUUCACCAAAAUCAAUGAGGUCGUCAUCUUCUUGGAGAUCAGACCGUACUAUCCGAAAGUAUUCCGACGCCGAACGAGCUAGAAGCAACGAGCUAGAUUUUGAUGCUGACCGAGCGGUCAUCCCCGAAAGUAUUUUGAAAAAUAAGAAUAAGGCUUCGAAUCGAGAAUCACCUGGACGAAUCGCAUUCGCGAAAGAUGCCCGGGCCAUAAAGUAUGAUUCCGCGCUAGCAAGGGCACCAGAGUUGAAGCGACAACAUUCAAAACAAGAGGAAAUGUAG